UAAAAUACUACAGCCCUGUUUUGCACAAUCUCAACUGCAAGGAGCAGCUUCAUCGUUAUGUUCAUUUAUUGUGUAAAAUGUUGCAGCAUGGGAUUUAGUGGCAGCCAGGGAAGUGUUGGACAGCACGCUGAAGCUCCGCUCUCUUUUAUUCAUAUAUUUAUUAAUUUAACAGGAGCAACACUGUCCACACCAGAGAAGAGGGAGUGCAGGGCAGCCCAUCCAGCGGGUCUCACUGCUGAACUGCUCCUCUGACCACCCGGUGCAAUCCAAACAUCUUCACAGCCCCAUAAAAGCGCAUCACUUGGCAACAAUGUCUCCAAACACCCGCAUGGCUUUUGUGGACGCGGUUUGUCCCCCUAGUACCUUUUACGUUCCGUCCUAGCGCGUCUUCUGGUGGGAACGCGAUGUCCUGGAUGUAUUUUCUCCGGAGAUUGUAAAGUGGAAGGAAGCGCAGCUCGCUGAAGAAGCCAUGUGGAGAGCGGCUAAGUCCCUUGGUGGGAGCACCGGAGGCAUAAAGCCCCACUAACAGGACAUCAUUAUCUGCGUCUUCUUGCAGGAAAAAGAUCCGUCGAUGAGGAAACAAAGAGAGACGAGAUGGUAGAGAAUGGCCGCACCUGACCUUCUUGACCCCAAAUCUGCCGCCCACAACUCCAAACCUCGCCUGUCAUUCUCGGUCAGCCCGGUGCUGCUGAACACUCCAGAAGACGAGUGUGACACUCGGACUACAGUCAUGAGGUGGAAAACUGUGUCAGCCAUCUUCUUCUUGGUGGUGCUAUACCUCAUUAUUGGGGCGACGGUGUUCAGAGCGCUGGAGCAGCCCCACGAGAGCUCCCAGAAGCUGGCCAUCCUCGCAGAAAAACUGGACUUCUUGGCCAUGCACUCCUGCGUAAACUCCUCCGAGUUGGAGGAUUUGGUGAAGCAAGUGGUUUCAGCAGUCCGAGCAGGUGUGAACCCUUCAGGAAAUUCAACCAACCACAUGAGCCUCUGGGACAUCAGCUCCUCCUUUUUCUUUGCCGGGACUGUUAUCACCACAAUCGGAUUUGGGAACAUCUCUCCUCACACAGAAGGUGGGCGAAUCUUCUGUAUAAUUUACGCUCUUCUUGGGAUUCCCCUAUUUGGAUUCUUAUUGGCUGGUGUCGGGGACCAGUUGGGGACCAUUUUUGGGAAGGGGAUCGCCAAAGUAGAGAAAAUGAUUGUGAAGUGGAAAGUCAGCCAGACAAAGAUCCGCGUCAUCUCCACGCUGAUCUUCAUUCUGUUUGGGUGCCUCAUCUUCGUGGCUCUGCCAGUCAUCAUCUUUAAGCACAUUGAGGGCUGGAGCACGCUAGAGUCCAUCUAUUUUGUCGUCAUAACCCUCACAACAAUUGGCUUUGGAGACUUUGUCGCCGGUGAAAAAGGUGGGUCAGAAAGCCCAGAGUUUCUGAACUACUACAAGCCCGUGGUGUGGUUCUGGAUCCUGGUGGGCCUUGCAUACUUUGCUGCUGUGCUCAGUAUGAUUGGAGACUGGUUCAGAGUCAUCUCCAAAAAAACUAAAGAGGAGGUUGGGGAGUUUCGAGCUCACGCAGCCGAGUGGACAGCAAACGUGUCGGCAGAGUUCAAAGAAACCCGGCGGCGACUCAGCGUUGACAUCUAUGACAAGUUCCAACGUGCUGCAUCCAUCAAGCGCAAGCUGUCAUCCGAGCUGGGUAUAAACCAGGAAUUGACCCCUGGCAAGAGGGCACUUUCUGUUAACCUGUACGAGGACAGAGAGAACUACCCCAACUCGACUCUCUCCCUCAGUCCCAUCACGGGGACUCUGGCCCGGAACGGCAGCUUCUACCUGAACGGCCUCAGCCCAGACUACGCUGACCGGCGGGAGAUCGCCAUCAUCGAAAAUCUAAAAUAAGAUGCGGCAUGAAAAUGAGAUUCAAGAAACUGAAUGAAACGCAUUUGUUAGCGGACAGAACUUACAAACACAUGCCCUCUUUUGUGCUUGUCUGAGCAUCUGUUAUGAGGUACCUGUGCACAUUCAUUAAGUGGAUUGUACUCCAAUUAUUGAUCGAAAACCUUGAAAAGCUUGACUUUAACACAGAUCAAUCAUCAAAACUCAAACACACACAUUUGAUGGGCUCGCUCGCAGGUCCCAUCAAAUCAGCCGACUUCCUUUCUUUGUGUCUGUGCCAACGUGAUCGACAGCUGUGCAAGCGAUUGAGCCAAAUUAGAAGCCUGCUCCAGAAUGGAACAAAUGAUUGUAUCAGAGGCAUGUGUUCAACAAAGCUAUCUCAUGAGCAGGAAGGAAAUGAAAGCCCAUAUUGAGGUAGCAACACAUCUUAACCUGUGCUCACAAACAAGCCUGUGAACACACAGAAAUGAAUAGACUCAUCCAACUUAGAAAGCAAUAGUUGUAUCUGUGCUCUUUUCUUGUUGAAUUUCCAGAGGCCCUGAAAUCUGCAUCAGAAAAAGAGGAUCCUCACUGCUAAAAACACUCCAUAAUCAAUAUCAAACGCUUUUUCUUGAUGCGGCACCAGUCCUGUGCUAACACAAAGAAAUGGGGCUUUUUCUUUUUAGUUUACACUUCUUCCAGGAUGAAUUUGUAUGCCUUGCAUUCGCCGGUCACUUUGCCCUCGCUAAGGACCGACAUUUAGCUUUUCACCCUAAGGAAUAACCACUUGUGCCUUACGAAAAAAACACACUGAAGAUGUGAGGAUGGAGAUGCAUGAAGGAAUGAGAAACGCUGUGUCUGUCCAUUUACACUCUCAGACUUGGUAAAUAUAAAGCACAGUAAAAAAAAAAUCCAUAUUUUCAGGAGGGUAUCUUGGAAUGAAUAUAGUAUGAGGAGGAAGCAAUUGGAUAGAGGUAAAGGAAUCUAGAGUAUGCAUGGCAACCGAGUGGAGAAACAGUUUCUUAACAACUGUGAAGAUGCCUACCAGUCACUGAUCAGACCCCAUUCUCCCUUAUACCAAAGUAAUGAUCCAUGGUUCUGACAGAAGAAUCAGAGAGGUCUUCUGCGUGAUCAAAGGUCCAGGAGUCCUUUGUGUUAUUACAUUUUCUUCAUGAGACUGAAACAUAAAGCUUUGUGCGUCAAUACAGUCUUAUUUUCGAAUAGUACAUACACCAGACCAGGGGUAGCAGCUGAUAUUAUACCCCGACAUGUAUCGUACUGUAACAAUGAAAGCUGCAUCUUUCCCCUUGCUUUUUAUGUUGCAGCUCAUCACUACCUUCAGAUAUAAAGUCAGUGGAUUAAGAUGAGAUCCUUGCCAAUUUUGAAUGUACACCACCAGAAAGCUCUAUUUGCUGUAUAUCACUGUAGAUACAAAAUGAUUAUGACUUUAGAGGUCUAGGAAUUUAAUUACAUACAUGCCUGAUUUAGUGUUGAUUAUUGAAAAUUGAUUAAUUGAAAAGUUUAUUAAAUAGGGAGGAAUGUCAUGGCACAGUUGGUAUCUCACUUUGAUUUUUUAAACAGCAUAAACAUUUUUAUUUCAAAUUUUAAACAGGCCCUUUUAUUAAAAUAAGGAUGGACUGCAUUCGAUGACAUCACUCAAGGGAAUUUUGGAUUCUUGUGUCUUGCAAUGGAACGGUUUGGAUUGUGUGUCUUAUGGUGUUAUUUCGUGCUUUUAUCCAGCAUGAUAUGCUGUAAAUGUUCUCAAAACAUUUGAUAGUGCUAUUUACAGUUUGUAGAAUUAAAAUGUAUUUACAAGAAGUGUGAUUUAGAUAACAGAAUGCCAUGCAGUAUGUGUCAAACCAAGCCUACUCAUCUGCUUUACCAAAUGUCUAUAAUGUAUCAGAAGAGUGUUUUGUGUGGCAGGAGAAGUCAGUUGCACCAGCUCUUUGUAAGUAAAACAAAAUACAGCCAAUACAGCUUUCAUAACUUUAUUAUAAACUACAAACGUAUUAUAGUCUCACAUUGACAGACCCCUGUGCUGUGUCAGCACAGGAGUAUGGUCUGGCUACGCCACAUACCCAUUGUGGGAUCCAGGGAAAAAAACUGUUUUGGCUUGUUUGUAUUUUAACACAAGCUCAACAUCCUGGUCAGCUCUAAGCCCUGGAUGCAGCGAUGGUGCCCUUGCAAUUUUUGAUAGCGGUAGCAGAAGCGGAUACAUCAAAUGGAUUUCACUGCAAUUGUACCUCGUACAAUUUCAUGUGACAAAUAAAAAAGGAUAGAUUGAGUUCAUUGAUUGAUUGAUUGUGAGUAACGCACCGGAUACCAGGCUUUAUCCUAGCUCUGUACAUCUGGUAAACCAGACUAAUGACAACAACAGUUAGAUUGGCAUAGUCAGAUGUGUAUCUCCACUCAUUCUAAACCGCAUAAACACACUGUUAAUUCAGAAACACAUUUCCAUUUACAUAUAUAUAUAUAUAAAUAACAGAAAGUAAUACCUACAUUAGCAAAAGAUCAAUAGCUAAGUUUAAUAUCGCUAAACUGUAAUUUUUGAUUAAAAAAGCAACACAUUUCCUAGCAACCAAUUUGCACAUUAGUCUUUGUAGCUAAGACUUUACUCCAAAUCAAGUGUGAAACUAGCAAGCAGUUACUAAGUAAUGAGGAAAGACUUUACACACAAACUGAAUUAAACAAAUCUGGUUUAAACCAGUCUACGGCAGUGUUAGUUGGUUACAUGUUUGCUCUCUUUUUUGGUUCUAAAUCCCAAGGUUUUCUUAAAAAGGUCGUCCUAAGGGUGAGCAAUCACUGACUGUACUGUCAGGUCAUCAGCUGCCAUGUGUAAUCAAGUCAAACAGGAGUCACAAAGAGAUUGUGAAGAAAAUAAGAUAAGGAUGAGAGACUAUUUCAAAGAUGUUCUAAAAAAUACUAUAAUUUUCUUAUUCUUGCGUAUCUAAAAAGCAAUCAAAAACAUCUAGAAAAAUAUGUAUGUUGACUUGCAAUACACUGAAAGAAAUGCUAGGAGUGCGUUACUGUAAUGCCCGGGGAAAAGCACUGUAUGUGCAGCUGUUCAUAGAGAAGUCGUCCUGCUGAUGUAUCCCUGUCGGCCCUGUGAUUGGCAGCCACUUAAAGGCAAGCUGUCAGUGCUGAAGAAAGUCAAGGAGUGCUGUGGAUGGAGCGUUAUGUAAUAUGUCAGGCCAUGCGAGGACACGUGAGGAUGCCUAUGCAUGAUUGUGUUUACCUGUUUGUGUAUGAAUGAACGUGUGAAUGUGCAUUGACAAAACUCAUUUAAUUUCCACCCACAACAUUUUCACAUGGCAUCCUCUUCCUUUCCCUGGGUGACAGUUUUUAAUUAAGUCUGCGGCUCUAUUAAAAUCCUUGUUCAAGCAUGUAGAAUGUACCGAUCCAUGACGGCAGAGAUGAGCCUCAUUAUGAAUGUAAGCACAUUCAUGAUUUAACAUUGUGAUUUAUGUAUGCAAAGUAGAGUUCAAUUAGCUCAGUGGGUAUGCUGUGAAAACAACUACAGGCAUUUUAAAGCCAUUGGUCCUCAUUUUAU